AUGCCUCCCCCGACCCCAACAAACCACGAUUUCCUCGACCCGUGGAACUCCUCCGCAACAGGCCACCAGCGUGCCGAGAACCCCUACUCCAACACCACCAGCUGGCGCGAGACUCGGCGCGCAAAGCUUGCCAUCCAGUUCGCAGACAACCCUACCAAGACCGACAGCGGAAGCCGAAAUGGAGGUGAAGGGAGAGGGGAGUGGAGAUGGCUCUCCGCCGCGGAGGCGCACCGCAACCAGCUCGGAAGCAGGGAUAUCCGGACGAUGAUGGGGACGACUAAGAAGCGUGCUUCUGCUUCUGCUUCGACUAUCGAUGAAGGUCAGAACGGAGGUAAAUGCAAAAAGGCGAAGACGGAGAGGGAGAGCGAGAUACUCUGUCAGAUACCGCCCGAACCCGCAACCAAACCCGAAUCCAAACCACAGGAUGAAGACGAAAGUGGGGAGAAGAGGAAGAUCCUCACCGGAACAACCAUCUACAUCAACGGCUCGACAAUGCCUCAUAUCUCAGACCAUAGACUCAAGUCGCUUCUUGUCUCGCACGGUGCGCAGGUCGCCAUCUCCCUGGCGAGGAGGAGCGUCACGCAUGUUAUCAUUGGGAAGCCGAAUGCGGGGCCUGGUGGGCGGGCUGGUGCGGGGGGAGGGCUUGCGGCGGGGAAGCUGCAGAAGGAGAUUGCCAGGGGCGGGUGGAGGGGUGUCAAGGUUGUUGGGGUUGAGUGGGCGUUGGAGAGUAUCAAGGCGGGGAAGAGGCUUUCGGAGGGGCGGUUUGCGAUGAGUUUGGCGCCUGCUGGGCAGAGGAGUGUUCUCGGGAUGUUUCAACGGGUGUGA